AUGGCAGAAAUCGACGCCAGUACAUUGUUCAAUGUGAAAGGACUAGUGGCAGUCGUUACGGGCGGAGGAACAGGUAUUGGUUUGAUGAUAGCACAAGCACUCGAGGCAAAUGGGGCGAUCGUCUAUAUCUUAGGGCGCCGACAGGAGGUGUUGGAGAAGGCGGCAAACACAGCGAAACAUGGAAACAUCCGCCAUCUCAAGACCGAUGUAACUUCAAAGGCCGAUCUCUCCGCCGCAGUUGAUCACAUCACCUCCAAAUCCGGCUACGUCAAUCUUGUUGUCGCCAAUUCCGGUAUCACUGGCCCAACCCUUAAGGGCCUAGAGAAAGGCGCAUCGCUGACUGAGUUCCGAGACCACCUUUGGAACUGGGAUAUGGACAAUUUCACACAAACGUUCGCACUGAACACCACAGCUGCUUUCUUCACGGUUGUCGCUUUCCUUGAGUUGCUUGACAAGGGCAACAAAGCUGGCAAUGUUGAGCAAAAGAGUCAAGUCAUAUGUAUUAGUAGCGCUGGUGCUUUCAAUCGUGUGCCGAUGGCGGGGUACGCCUAUGCUGGUUCUAAGGCAGCAGUAGUGCACAUGAUGAAAGCUCUGGCGACGACGAUGGUUCCCUACGACAUUCGGUCAAAUAUCCUUGCCCCUGGCUUAUACCCAAGUGAGAUGACCGUAGAUAUGCUCACCCAGGAGAAGUGGCCAAGAGACUUCAUACCCGAGCAAAGAGCUGGCAACAUCAAGGACAUGGCGGGUGCGAUACUCUUUCUCACCAGUAGAGCUGGAGCAUACAUAAACGGCAACGUUCUACUCACCGAUGGCGGACGCUUGAGUGUCUUGCCUGCAACAUACUGA